AUGAACUUUCCUAGUCUUCUGUUGGCUGGAGUAAGAUGGAGAUGCUGUCCAGCUCCAUUGGGGUCAUCCCCAUUCCAAGCCCUACGCAAUGCUUGCUGUCGAGAAAAGUCUACUGCACCUAAGAAAAGUAUUCCCUCAAUUGCUUUUAGUGAUGAAAAUACAAAGGAGCCUGGAAUUGCACUUGAGAAGCUCUUCUCUUCAGAACAGCAGGCUUCCAUCUUGCAUGUGUUGAACACAGCAUCGGAUAAAGAUCUUGAAGCUUUCAAAUUGCUUCGUGGAAGGAAGUCCCUCAAUAUUAUAGAGCACAGAGAAAAGUUUGGGCCAUUUCAGAAUUUGGAGAGUUUAAUAAAUGUGCCCUUGUUCCAGUAUAAAACUGCCAUUCAAGUUUGUAACUCCAUUCUUUAUCCAGAGACUGGAAGGAAAAAAAGAAAAUUACAGGAAAACCGGAUCUUGGGAAAGCUCAUCAAACCAGACAUAGGAAGAGAGAGACUUAAGGCAGUUGAUAGUAUUGUAUCUAUCGUUUUUGGUACACGGAGAAUUGCUUGGGCUCACCUUGACUGUAAAAUGACAGUACUGGACUGGCAGCAAGAUGAAAGUUGCAAAAUGAUGAAAGGGACCUACCUGUCAUCUGUCUAUUUAGAGGAGAUGUCUUCAGUAAUUUCAAAGAUGCCUAAAGCCGAUUUCUAUAUUCUGGAAAAAAUAGGACUUCCGAUUCAGAACUCAUCGCUGUUUCCGAUACUAUUACAUUUUCAUAUCGUUGAAGCCAUGCUGUACACCUUACUAAAUAAAACAUUUGCCCAGGCUGGCCAGCACCAGGUGUUGAGCAUGAACCGAAAUGCAGUAGGGAAGCACUUUGAAUUAAUGAUCGGCGACACGAGGACUAGCGGAAAAGAGCUAGUGAAGCAGCUCCUCUCCGAGUCUGUACUGAAGGCAGAGCCGCGAGUGUCCUUCCCAUCCCAUAAAGUAGUCCAGUACAGACAGAUGUUUUCAUCUACUGAACAAAACAGAAUAGAAGAGUUAUAUGAUUCACUGUUACAAGCUGUUGCCUUCUAUGAAUUAGCAGUUUUUGAUAACUAA